CUAACGUUACGCCUGGAUGUUUUGUGAAGCGCUGAGACGCCGUCACCUCACCGGCAGGAACGGAAGCCGCUGAUAACGUUGUUCAGAUUUUUACUCCGUGCUGACACGCCUCCUGCCGUCACAGCAGCAUGAGCUGGAGCUUCCUGACGCAUUUGCUGGAUGAGAUCUCCGAGCACUCCACGUUCGUGGGCAAGAUUUGGCUGACGUUGCUGAUUGUGUUCCGUAUUGUGCUGACUGUGGUGGGUGGCGAGACCAUCUACCAUGAUGAGCAGAGCAAGUUCGUGUGCAAUACGCAGCAGCCCGGCUGCGAGAAUGUGUGCUAUGACGCCUUCGCACCGCUCUCGCAUGUGCGUUUCUGGGUCUUCCAGAUCAUCAUGAUCUCCACGCCCUCCAUAAUGUACCUGGGCUACGCCAUGCACAAGAUCGCCCGCAUGAGUGACAAUGACUACCGGCCCCGUGGCCGCAAGCGGGUGCCCGUGGUGUCCCGGAACUGCGACUACGAGGAGCCAGGCGAGACGGGCGAGGAUGCACCCAUGAUCGCGGAGGAGCUGGAGCCGUCCGAGAAGGACCGGCCGAGCGCGGAGGAGGUGGAUGGUGUGGGUGCGGCCAGGAAGCAUGACGGACGGCGGCGAAUCCGGCGUGAUGGCCUCAUGCGGGUGUACGUGUUGCAGCUGGUGUCGCGCAGCGCCUUUGAGGUGUCCUUUCUCUUCGGCCAGUACGUGCUAUACGGCUUCGAGGUUGCACCGUCGUACGUGUGCACGCGCAGUCCUUGCCCCCAUACCGUCGACUGCUUUGUUUCUCGGCCCACGGAGAAGACCAUUUUCCUGCUCGUCAUGUACACUGUGAGCGCCAUGUGCCUGGCCCUCACCCUGCUCGAGAUGCUCCACGUGGGCGUGGGCGGCGUGAGGGACUCCUACCGCGAGCGGGCAGAGCGGCGACGCACCCUGGCCGGGGACCCGAGCAAUGGGACAGAUGCCCUUUGCCGCCGACUGGCCAGCGCCCCCCCGGGCUACCACACCGCCCUGAAGAAGAUGGGAUCGGGCCGUUCGAAGGGCGAGUUCCAGGAAGAGGCGGGCAACGAGGUGGGUGACGAUGCGGCCGGCCGGGACCUGGAGCGGCUGCGGAGACACCUGAAGAUGGCGCAGCGGCACCUGGACCAGGCGUACCACCAUGAAGACCAGCAGGGGGCAGCGUCGCACGACAGCGGCGCAGAGUCCAACAGCACGGCAGCGGAGCAGAACCGCCUCAACUUUGCCCAGGAAAAGCAUGUGAGCUCUGCUGAGAAAGGCAUCCAUGCGUGAUGCGUUGCUGCUGACUGGGACUGGAUGCACACAUUGGAGAACUCACUCUCACUGAAGAUGUCUGUGCAAGUCUGCGAGUGACUGUCUGUCUGUCUGUCUGUCUGUCUGUCUUUGUGUGUGUGUACACCAAAUGCUUGCGAGAUGGAGGGUAAGAAUGUGCCUUUCAGUAUUAGAGAGAAUUUAUAGCUUUGCAAUGUCAAGGUCUUUAUACUGAACAUGGUCGGCAGAGGUGGGAACUGCCAUUGCCGAACACUACUACGGGCUCUGUGCAACAGCGCAUACACGGCAGCUGCCUCUUGGUUAGGUCGUCGGGAGGCUUGUAGGAGUUAAAAACAAACUCACCGUGGACAGAAGACAAAUUCUUCACUUUAAAAUGCUCACUUUUUUUUUUUUUUUUUUCGGCUCCAUUUCCUCCUGAUAAGGCAGUUGGGGUUCUACAGUCAGUAUGAGGGUCGUGCAGGUCGAGUUUGACACUUUUACAAACCGUGCAAUUGUGGAGAAGCCACUGAAUGUCCUUUUAAGGCUGGUGACGGCAGGUAGAACUGGCCCAAAAGCUGUCAUAGCAUAAGCUCUGCCAGGCCCGCCUAUGCCGGCACGUCUUCCCGGGUGUUAAACCGGGCAGUUACCGGGUUAGUGUGAUGAUGGGUCAGACACAGAAGCCACCAUUCACGCAAAGGCACGUUCUCCAUCUAAAGGGGUUAUACUGCACAUCUCAGCAUGUUUGCCUUAAACCAGAGCUCAGAAAGGCCUUCAAAGCCAGUCCAGUAUGGAGGCUCUGGUGUAAAUAUUACAUGCGAGCG